GUUAUGGUUUUUGUGCGACACGAUUUCGUCCCGCAAAAUAAUAAUAAUAAUAAUAAUAAUAACAGUAAUAAUAAUGAUUACGGUGUAAUCGAUGUAAUUAAAAAAAAAAAAAAUUAUAUCAUCAUACAAAAAUAAUAUAUAUCGUUGUAGUUAACACAGUUCGUUUUAAUGUAAUACUACACCGUCAUUGAACACGGGACGUAGGCAUUGAUAUUGAGAGCUGGUGGCUACCGGAUAAGCCGAAGACCAUAAGACAUGAUAUGAUAUUUUUAAUAUAUUUUUCUUAUAGCGGUCUAAAAAGUCGACUAAUGCGAACUGUUAUUAUAAUUUAGUUAUUAGAUCUAUAUAAAUAUAGAGAGAGAGUGAUAUGUUUUUGAUUAUUUUUGGCUAUUUCUUUCUUUCUCUAUCAUAUUCGCUUUAAUAUAUACCUGUUUGUGUACCUAUAUCAAUCACUAUUGCCUUUUAUACUUCGUUUCUUUUUUUCUACAUAAUGUAUUUAUAAUAUAAUAUUCAUAUGCAUGUUCGUUUUGAUAUUUAAAACGUCCAUUUUACCGAACAAAUCACGCGAUAACAGCAAUGCUGCAUAAAAACAGCCAUCCGUAUUGUCACCGAACGUCAUGUCGCGGCCAGCGGGUUGCAUGUAUAUGGUUUUAAAAUCGAAUAGCUGACGGAUCUAAAGAUGAGAUCCAUUCUGGAUACUACAAGAACGAACUAAGAGAAAAUCCUUAUUGACCGAUUUCGUGUAUUUCUCAAAAGAAAUCUGCAAUGAUUUAUGCAAAGUAGAGGAGGAUCAGUGGUGAUGAUUGGUGCGCCUAACCUUCGGAAUCCUGGAUCAAACGGGACCUUGACCAAUGGCAGUAGAGCGUUUCAAUGCCACCCGGAAGGAGAAUCCGAAGCUACCAUAACACUCACACUUGUCGGUUUAGGCAUAGUUGCAAAUACGGUGCUUAUGGCUCUCAUAAUAUUCAACAAACAUUUGCGAAGGUGGUCGCAAGGACUAUUAUUCCAUCAGGCAAUGGUGGAUUGCGCAAGGGCGGCCAUAUUGAUACCGUUGGCGCACAGUCUUCUCUAUUGUGUGCCAGUGAAAAAAUGUAGCUUGGUGGAGACCGCAUUCCUAUUACUGGUUACCGUAUCCACGAUAAAUAUGUUGACCAUCGUCCUUAACGAUUCGCCAGUGUUCCCGGAGGAUGAUGAAGAAGACGGCUAUCAGGUGUCUUCGGUGCCGCUGUUGCUGGACUCGCCGCAGUGCGUCGUGUUCGGCACGUUCAUGAUAUGGUUCGCGGCCAUCACCAUCAACCUGGGCCCGACGUUCAUGAGCGGCGCACUGGCCGCCGGCGCCGAGGUGAUCAGGGACAAGCCGGGCUGUCCGCUCGUGCACGGCCCGUUCCGGCACUACAUACUCAACGCCCUGUGGAUAAUCAUCAACCUGCUGUGCGUGCUGCUCACGCUGUUCCACUUGCGCAAGCUGCACAGGGACCUGACCAAGGCCAACGUGGAGGCCGUCAGGGUGGCCGGAUUGGUCACCACGUUGGUGAACGUGACCGGCAACAAUUACUCGGACCCGCGGCACGCCCCGAGGAGAAGUUUGGGUGCGGUAGAAGAGCAUCAGAGGAUGCGCAACUACCUGUUGCGCAUUGAAAGAGAAGGAGUCCAAAAGGUUAAAAUGUUCGUAGUCAUCACUGCGGCGUAUGUGAUCUUCUGGGGACCACUAUUUUUUGUUACGUUGGUACAACAUCCACUAUCCGGCAAUCGUUCCGACUACGAGAUGUUGCUGCAGGUGACAUUGCACGUGGCCAAUGGCCAUUCGUUCGUCAACGCCAUGCUGUUCCUGGUGCUUCACCGAGGACUCCGGCAAGCGGCCGCCGACGCUUGCUGCACCAGCAUGUCCAUGGUGGCCAGGUGGCUGACGGCCGGGUGGUCGCCGGAACCGUACACGCUGGACGCAUCGUUGCCGGGCAUGUCACCUGAGCCCGUGUUGGCUGCUCCACCGCCACCGCCGCCCUCCAGUCUACCGGCGUACACUAUUCGGCACACUUCGAUGAGAACUCGGUCGAUGAACCGUUUCCCGGCGGUCCACCACCGGAACCCGCACUACGACUACCAUUCAUCGCAUCCUAACCUGCACGACAUGUCGGGCAUCAAUAUGGGCCGGUUGUAUAACAGUCACGAGUAUCUACCGAACGAUUACCGCCGAUACAACCACUACUAUCAUCACCGGGAAACGCCACCGUGCUCGUCGCCCGAGUGAUUUUAUUUUGCGUCGUCAUCAUCGUCAUCGUCGUCGUUGUCUUUCCCGCGUGUUCGUCGUUCCUGUUUCGCGGCUGUCAAGCCGUCGUUACCCGAAUAAAUCGUAAAAAUAAAAUCCACAAAAAAAAAAAAUCUUCCGAAAUCAUUCUUCCACGCGUGAGCGUCUAGGACUUAGGAGGCAGCUGUGGUGGCAGUGGCGGUGGAAGUUUCGGCGUGGGUGGGCAUGUGGGUCAGUCAUAUAGUGGGCCUGAAUACAAGGGGAUUUCGCUCGUCCUUGUAUCCGACCGCCCACGGCUCGGUGGCGAAUAUCGAACAAAUGUCCGACCGACUGAUGGCGAACCGAAAAUCCGCUCACAGAACGAGCACACACUAUUGUAAUAUUUAUUGUACCGUCUUUACGUUGUAUUAUUUCCGCAUAUUUAAAAUACCGACGAUGACCAAUUUACAAGUAUCUUAGUACUUAUAUAUAGAAAUAUCAAUUUCCGUGUUUCGUUCCGUGCGUUGGUUUUUCGAAUUGAUCUCACACGCCACACCGUCACCCCGAACCUCUCAUCACACCACUACACCUAGCGUAUCACUCUCAACCACUUUGGCCUACUUUUCGACAACCGUCGCCGUCGUCCCCGAAAAUACCGCUCACCGGGCGUUCAGCCCAUUUUCGAAUAUAUACG